UCAGAGAAGCCUAUUUUUUCUGUCCACCAAUAGGAGACCAGCUCAACACAACAUUGGACAUAUGGUUCGUGUUUGUUUACUUCGAAAAGCAAACAUGGUUAGAUAUCGCGUACUAAUUUAGUACCCUAACUUUCACACUAUGCUCCCGCAUUGGAGCAAGUCGCUGCUGCCUGAAGUAAACGUUGCAACUUUGCUUGUCUUCGUCGUUGUGUAUUUGUCUCUUCACUACCACCUAAAACGCCGCCGUCGUCUGGCUAACAUACCCCCGGGUCCCAAGCCCCUGCCGAUUGUGGGCAAUUUCGGCGUUUUUCUCAUCCCAUCGUUCAUCCGGAGGAGGUUUGGGAACGCGUCGAAGCCGAGCGCGACACCAAUGGAGGCGCUGACGGAGCAAGCGGCGAUCUACGGCGAAGUGUUUAGCCUGUUUGUCGGCACGCAGCUUAUAGUUGUGCUGAACGGCUAUGACGUCAUCAGAGACGCUUUCCUCCACCAUCCUCAAGUGUUUUCAGACAGGCCGGACAUCCCUGCGGUUACCAUCAUGACCAAACGCAAAGGUAUCGUCUUUGCGCCGUAUGGGCCGGUGUGGAGAAAGCACCGCAAGUUCUGCCAUGCCUCCCUUCGAAACUUUGGUGUGGGGAAGCUUACCCUGGAGCCGUGCAUCCUCCAAGGCCUGGCGACGGUCAAAAGUGAGCUUCUGCGACUACGUCAGGAAGUUGGCAAGGGCGGCAUGGACUUGACGCCACUAGUAAGCAACGCCGUCUCCAAUGUCAUCUGCUCUUUGGCCCUCGGCGAGCGCUUCCCCCAAGACGACCGGCAGUUCGGGACCCUGCUGGGCCUGAUGGUACGAGGCCUGGAGCUGUGCGUUAACAGCCCCGCCGUCCUCAUCAACAUCUUCCCACCACUCUACCACUUGCCCUUUGGCGCCUUCGGGGAGCUCCGGCGUGUGGAGCGCGACAUCACCGCCUUUCUGAAGAGGAUCAUUGCUAAGCACUGUGACACGCUGGACCCAGAGAACCCCAGAGAUUUAGUGGACAUGUACUUGGUGGAGAUAGCCAGCCAGAGAGCUGCGGGUGUGGAGGACAGCAGCUUCGAUGAGGACUACCUCUUCUACAUCAUUGGGGAUCUCUUCAUCGCCGGCACUGACACCACCACCAACUCUCUUCUGUGGAUCUUGCUCUACAUGGCCAUGCAUACUCACGUCCAAGACAAGGUCCAGGCAGAGGUGGACAAGGUGGUGGGACCAUGCCGUGUUCCGUCUAUGACUGACAGGGGUCGUUUGCCCUUUACCGAGGCCACCAUCAUGGAGGUCCAGAGGCUGACCUCAGUGGUUCCGCUGGGCAUUCCACACAUGGCAUCCAAGACCACAGACUUCCGAGGUUUCACGAUUCCGCAAGGAACGGUCCUUCUGCCCAACCUGUGGUCUGUCCAUCGCGACCCCGCCGUGUGGGACCAACCCGAGAGCUUCAGGCCUCAGCGCUUCCUGGAUGAUGAGGGCCAGCUGGCCAAAAAAGAGUGCUUCAUGCCUUUUGGGAUCGGUCGCAGGGUGUGUAUGGGCGAGCAGCUGGCCAAGAUGGAGCUCUUCCUCUUGGUCACCGGCCUACUGCAGGCCUUCACCUUCCGACUGCCGGACGGAACGCCGCCGCCACCCAUGCAUGGACGUUUCGGACUGACGCUGGCGCCGUGUCCCUUCACCGUGUCCGUCAGCCCUCGUGGGUGAAAUCAGCCGAUUGGAUGUCCACAAAGGCAAACAGUGCAAUAUAUUGUACAUACAAAGUCACUAGACACUUUAUUGGGUACACUAUCGGUACAGUAUCAUUUUGAAUUAGUACUGUAAUGCAGGGGAUAACAAAAAUGCUGGUUGUUGAUUCACAGUUAAAUGAACAAAGCCUGGUGAUACAUUGUUCACCUGGUCACUCAUAAACCAUGGAAACUACAUUUCACCUCGCGUGAGAAAAUCACUUUUGUAGGCCAGGAAACACGAGCAACAAGCAUCCGUCUCCCAGCAUCUCUGUGCACUAACUAGCGGAUCUGUAGCCGCUCCUUAGUGGGAUUUCUUUUUGCUAGUUUCCCAAAUGUGUUACAAUACACGGUGCACAUUUUUAAGUGUUAUUUUAAUUAAAACAAAUAUAAUUGACA